AGUGAGGGAGGGUGUCAGCAUCGGGUUUCACUGUAAAUUGUGCUUAUAAAUUUGGUGGUAAUUCACAAGUAGGAAACCUUCAGCUGAACAGUGAGCAUCAAAUUGAGAUCAGAAGAGAGUAUACACAGUGGAAGAUUUCUGUAGUGGAGAUAACAAUAUUACAGGAUGGAGCCCGGCUCUCAUAAACUCUACCAUGUACACGGCUUCCACUCCCGGAAUUACCUAGACACGUACUGUUCCAGUAAACCAGAAAUGCCCUUUACUCAUGAGGCUUUAACGUAUCCUAUGGAGAAAUUUUACAAUGCAUUUUCCUCAGGUGACUUUAAGGGAGACGUGUUGAUUGACAUCAGUAUUGGUCCCACCAUACAACAUCUCUAUGCAGCGCAGGAAUAUUUCAGAGAUUUCAUCCUUCUCAAGCCUACUGAGCACUGUAUUUUAGAAGUGAAAAAAUGGACAGACAGCCGAACCGGAGCAUUUGAUUGGUCACACACCACUACACUUGCUACAGAAUUGGCGGGAGAAAGUGACCAAUGUGAGGAGGAGAAGGAAAUCAGACUCAGGGCGGCAAUUAAACAUGUUGUAAUAUUCAAUCUCAACAAGGAAAAUCUCACAGACCCAAUUGGGCUACCACAAGCCGACUGCCUUCUGUUUUGGUUAAUUCUGGAAACCAUCAGCAAAGACCUUGAAGAAUUUGUGAGAAACUUCAGGAAAUUCUCAAAGCUUCUAAAACCCGGCGGGCGCAUUAUGUAUUAUGGAGCUUUAAAUUGCACAUUCUAUAUGGUUGGGGAAGAGAAGUUCCAUAUGGUAAAGUAUAAUGAAAGUGACUUGAGAAGUAUACUCAGUAAUGAGGGGUUUGUUAUCACCCAUUUGGAGGUUUCCCAAAGAAAGGCUGUGACUGAUCUGUGUGAUUUUGAUUCAGUUGUGUUUUGUACAGCUUAUAAAGAAUAGAAGAUUUAGGCCUCAUUCACACCAUUGUGUUAGAAAGUGCAAAUGAAUUUCAUGAAAGAACAUUUGUUUUUAGUGCAAUUUAAUGUGUAACAAAAUGUAAUACAAGGCAAAAUGUGGGUGGGAGCUUUGUGCAUGUUUUCAAUGAAUUUCUUCCUGGGAAAUGUACCAUGUGAUUUUAAAAAUGCACUAAUUAAAAAUGUUUUAGUGAAUUUUCUGAACAUCACCAUGUGUUGCUAUUAACUAUAAGGCAAAACACAUUUUACCAAAAACUCAUAAAUAAUGCAGAAAGCAGGAUUUGUGGAAAACAAAAUACACAUUGAUGCAAACAGCUUCAUAGAUUAUAAUGGCUAGUUUUCAUGACCUUUUAUUACGCUGUUAUCUGGGAUGUAGUGCAUAUAAAAAAACAAUGUUACUAAUGGGCCCUUAGGCUAGGGUUUACAUAUAUGCAAAUUGAAUGCGUCUUUAACCGCAUUCAAUUUGCAUAACAUGUGAGUGUGACCGGCUUCGCAACCUGAAUUUCACCUGAACCGGUGAACAGAACCGGACAGGGCAAACCGCAUCGCAGAUAUGUGAACCCAGUCUUAGGUAGCUAGCAAAACCCAGAAUUGUAUCAGCAAGUCACCUAUGUACUGGUAGAGUACCUCAAAUGUUGAGGCAGUCCUCUGAAAAAAGAGAUCACCAACCACAAACCUGCUUCCAGUCUAGGGUUGCCUCCUUUUCAUCAAGCCAAACCCAAAACACUUUAGCGGUGGACAGUAUUUUUAUUGGGGGGGUUUGUUUUAGUAUACACUAUAGGAUUGUAACAGAACUGGGAAACCUUUGGGCACUCCAAAGAAAAUAGUAAUGAGGCGCACAUAGUGCCCACUCACCCUUCUGUCAAGACCUGUUCUGAGCCACAUUCCUGUCUGAAAAAUGUGUCCGUGUUUCAGGUGGACUGAAGCCCUGACACAUAAUUUAAAACCUGAACUGGCCAGGUGAAUUCCAGACAGGUGGCAACCCUAUUUCAAACCCUAAACACCAACUUUUUACACUGACACAAAUAGACUGGGGCCAUUAAUAUCUAGGCAGGCUGCCAAAGAUACAGAAGCCCUGAAGAAAGCAUCCUAAGACUUUAGAAAACGUCUUAGCAUCUUUGAUUGAUUUUUAAGCUAAUAAAAGAAUAAAAAUA